AGGAACUCAUCCAACCUACUCAACACCCAACCAACUCCUGUCACCAUGGCCUGCUGUACUACUAGCUUCUGUGGCUUUCCCACCUGCUCCACUGGUGGCAUCUGUGGCUCCAACUACUGCCAGCCCAGCUGUUGUGAGACCAGCUGCUUCCAGCCAAGCUGCUGUGAGACAGGAUUUGGCAUCGGGGGUGGCAUUGGCUAUGGCCAGGUGGGUGGCAGUGGAGCUGUGAGCAGCCGGGUUAGGUGGUGCCGCCCUGACUGCCGAGUGGAGGGCACCUGCCUGCCCCCCUGCUGUGUGGUGAGCUGUAUACCCCCAACCUGCUGCCAGCUGCACCAUGCCCAGGCCUCCUGCUGCCGUCCAUCCUACUGUGGACAGUCCUGCUGCCGCCCAGCCUGCUGCUGCUACUGCUGCUAAGCUACCUAUUACGAACCAGAUUUUCAAUUGCCCAGAUCCUGGUAUUCUUGAAUUGUGCAUCUCCUUGACCAACCCUGGACCAGUAACAAGUUCUUCAACCUUUACUUCAUUGUCUUUUUAUGAGGCCUCAGAGUGCAGGCACAUCACUGCACCGUCUAAGUCUGUUCUAUAAUCAAUACCUUGACCCUCUACAGUGGAUCCAGAAAUGCUGAGAAUCCACAGGCUGACCACCAAAUUGUUCUGGAUAUACUGCACCUGAAACUCUUCAGGAUUGAAAAUUGUCAAAAGCUUGGAAAAUAUUUUCUUCAGAACAGUCUGCAACCUUAUUCAUCCUGCUUGCUGAUCAACUUUUAUCUUCCUUUUACUUAAAGGCUUUCUAACAUCAAAAACAGCAGACCACAGCUGAGAGACAUUCUUCAGAUGCCAUCUGAGGAAAUGGAAGUUCUUUACCUGACUUCCAGCCUCUAAGAAAUAGACCAGAUCAUUCUACACUUUUCCAUUGGAUCCUUUCCUUAUCUGGGGGAUCGUAAUUAGCUUACCUGUUGGCCAUUCCAUUAUAUCUAUAGUAUUGUGUCCUAUGAUGUUUCUUAUAAACAUAUAUAAAAUAAAGCUUAUAUCCUG